UGUUGUGUGAUGCACAGUGCCUCCUGUCACAUGGUGCUCACGCGCUGCUGUCAUGUAGAACCAGCCCCAUGGGCCUUUUAGAUUGGGGUGGGGACUGUCAUCUAUAUGGUCACCCUGUCAGCAGUGCUGCUGCAAGCAGAGGCAGAGUGGCAUGGUGUACCAGGCAGGCUGGCAGCAGUGGUAAAAAAUAAAAUGUAACUAAUUGCAUGUUUUUAUUUUGAAUUGAACUACUGUAGUGGUACAGCCUAGCACAGCUGUGCACAUGCUUGCCAAGCUAUGCACACUUGUCAGGGGACUCAAACCUGUGGCAGAGGGGAGCCAGCAUCAUUGCUGUGCCAGUGGCAUGAAGCUGAUGUCUCCCUGCCUGGGGAGAGCCCGAGAGCUGGUAGGGGGCAGUACUGCCCCUGGCUGCAGGUGGCUGGAGGUAGCGCACCCCUGUUCAGGCUGAGCGAACCGGGCUCCUCAGGGCAGCCCAGUCCCCUCCCUGUGCAGGGCUGGGGCAAAGCGGAGUGGUGCAACACUCGGGGCUCCCCGCGGGGGCGGAGCUGCCCCCAGGCCACAAGGGGACUGAGCUGGGGGCCUAAACAGGGAUGGGGUGAGGUGCAGCACCAGCUCCCGCAGCGCCCUGCCCAGCCCUGCCUGAGGCCGAGCCGGCCACUGGGGACAGGGGUGGAGCGGAGCCUGGAGCUGGAGAGACCCACGCUCCCGCCAGGGGAGGGGUCCGAGCCGCGUCCCCUGUGGGCUCCAGGCGGGGCGGCCGCUCCCUGCUCCGACCCCCGCUGAGACUGCAAGUGCGGCGGGCUCCAGCCCACCCGGGGCUUUGCGUCAGCUUCCUCCAACGGCAGGGCCGGCACCGAACCCCUCGCCGGGCCCAGGGGGCCUGCGACUGCAGCAUCGCCCGAAUUGUGCGUCAGCCGGAGCCGAGAGAGGCGAUUAGCCUGCGUCACAGCCCCGCGUCGGGCGGGGCCACGUGGGCGCUUGCUACUGAUGCUGUGCCGGGGCCUGUUGUGCCCAGCAUCGGCCUGGAGAAGCCUGGCGAUGGCGGAGGCGACAGCGGCCGGGCCGGGCCGGGAGGGCGGCGAGCAGGAGGACACGCCGCCCGCGGCCAAGAGGCGGCGGCUACAGGGGGGCGGGGCGGAGCGCUUCGUGCCGCCGCCGCGGAAGCUGAACCCGGGCGUGAGCUUCAGCGAGGCGCACUUCGCCGAGACUAGCUACUACUUCGAGGGCGGCCUGCGCAAGGUGCGGCCCUACUACUUCGACUUCCAGACCUACUGCAAGGGCCGCUGGGUGGGCAAGAGCCUGCUGCACGUCUUCGCCUCCGAGUUCCGCGCCCACCCGCUCGCCUACUACCGCGUCGCCGCCCGCGCAGGCCGCCUCCGCCUCAACGAGCAGCCCGUGCGGGACCUCGACGUCGUGCUCAAGAAUAAUGACUUCCUGAGGAAUACCGCGCAUCGCCAUGAGCCUCCAGUCACCGCUCAGCCUAUCCAGGUUUUGGCAGAGAAUGAUGAGAUGGUUGUUGUGGACAAACCCUCUUCUCUGCCAGUACACCCAUGUGGCCGAUUUCGACACAACACUGUCAUCUUCAUCUUGGGAAAAGAGCAUGACCUCAAAGAGUUGCACACUAUUCACCGGCUUGACCGCAUGACUUCUGGUGUGCUUAUGUUUGCCAAGACUUUAGAAGUGUCCAAGAGGAUUGAUGAGCAAGUUCGACAGCGGCAGCUGGAAAAGGAGUAUGUCUGCCGUGUUCUUGGGGAAUUUCCAGAAAAUGAAGUGGUCUGCGAGGAACCCAUCCUGGUUGUUUCUUACAAGGUGGGAGUGUGUCGGGUAGACCCCAAAGGGAAAUCCUGUAAAACCGUCUUCCAAAGGCUCAGUUAUAACGGCAAGACUAGUGUGGUCAAAUGUUUCCCCCACACAGGCCGCACCCACCAAAUUCGAGUGCAUUUGCAGUUCUUGGGACAUCCUAUUGUCAAUGACCCCAUCUACAACAUGGAAGCCUGGGGUCCUGCCAAGGGCAAGGGUGGUAAAAUUGAUAAAACAGAUGAGGAGCUCCUCAAGGCUUUAGUGGAGGAACAUAAUGCAAAACUGAGCUUUGAUAUGUUGGAUAUUUCAGAGGAAGGCCUGAAGCUCAGCACAGGAAGUAAAGACCAAGAUAGCUCAGGUAGCUGUACUCAGACUGUGGAAGUUACUGCCAUUACUGAAAACUCUUGUGGAACUGAGGAUUCAAAGAGUCAAGAAGAUAGUUCCCAGAACUCUUACAGCAAGCCAGAAACUAGUGAAACUGGCUGUGAAGAAGCCAGUCCAAGCAGGACUCUUGAUGGAGAUAUAGAAGAGAAGGACCCUUUGUGUGCAGAAUGUAAAAUAAUUAGGCAAGACCCAUCUCCUAAGGAACUGGUGAUGUACCUGCAUGCCCUGCGCUACAAAGGAGCAGAGUUUGAAUACUGCUCCAAGAUGCCGGACUGGGCACUGGAGGACUGGGAGGAAUGCCAAGAAUUAAAGCUGUGAGAACUGCAACAUUUUUUAUUUCUUUUAGCUUGUCAGGAGGAAAGUGUCUGCAAGGACCUGCAUCUAUGUGGUUAAAAUUUCCCUGGAGUUGCUGCUUUUAUUUCCCAAUUUUUAUUGGGAACUGCAAACAGGUUGUUUGUGAAUUAAAUGGAAGUGGGAAAGAGUUCCUUUUCUGACAUAGUCAUAAGAAUGCAGUAUUAACAAUGAACCUGUUGAUAGCUAUUGAAGGGAGAGGUGGUUAUUUCCGAAUAACUCAAUUGUGUGUCUCUUUAGCUAGAGAAAAACAUUACCAAGAUGUAUGAAAUGAGGAUCAUUUUUUUCCCUUCUACCUCCUUUAUCACACUUCAUUGUUGUUUGCAAAUUGAGUGCACUUGUUUACUAAAUGCAUACAAUUUAGACAAUCAGCAUUUACAUUUUUCUGUAUAUUAGUUGUCUAUUGUCCUUGUUUAUCUGGAUAAAACUUUGUGAAAUGUUAUUUUAUGUACUGUACGUGUGUCACACUGCAAAUCCCAUAUUGCAUUUUAGGUGCUACUUUGCUUUUGUUGCCAGAUCAAUUUUAGCUGUAUCAUAUCUUCAUUUUUUUCCAAACCAAGUCACUAUGCAGGUUAGGUCUGUUCCUGUCAGUUACUCUUCUUUGUUGUAUUUGGAGUUAUGUUGCAUUGUGCAUUUCUUGUCUAUAGAGGUUUCCAUUCUCUCGUUGGUGUACAUUUUCCUUUCAUAAGUUUAUUCUUGCUAAUGUAGGACACAGUCUGGCCUUAAAUCAGCCUCGAAAAAUUCCUGGACAAACCAUAGUCUAACCAAAAAUUUGGUGCCCCUAAGGAAGUAACUUACUUUGCUGUCAUUGUGCCUACAAGCGUCAGUGCUCCUACUCAGAAUAAUCUUCAUAACCCUCUAAACAUUCCUGUUCUUUGACUGCUACCUCCCAUAUCAUCUCUCUCCUUACUUUUACUGCAAAUCUUUUUGACCUGUUCCAUUACAUUAUUUUAGUCCAUCUACCAAUCCUCAAGCAAAACUUGGAAAUUUUACCAGAUGCACAGUAGCCAGAAAACUAGCCCUGUCAGCCAUGGCCUGAUGUGAAAGAUGCAGGGGCAACUUUACUCAGUGCUGUUUUGGGUUCUGGCUGUAGUCAGAGGGGUUUCUAUUACUUACACAAGCCCUUUGUUUUCAGCUUCCUGCCUAAGUGAAGAGAGACUCCCCACCAUAUCUGUCUGCUGUUGUUGAAAGGCUUCCUGAUCUGCGGCAGAAUGAAGCUUCUUUUCAGUAUUGCUGCUCUUGGGAUUUUGUUAUAUGACAAUGAAACAGGCGAAGUUGUGGUUUAAUUUUUGCUCUGCUGCAGUUUUUUUUGUAGAAGAUCUAGGCCACUUCAAAGAUUUGGAAUAGGAGAAUAGCACUACCUCUGCAUUUGAAAGACUUUCUUCAGUGUAACUUGCCUUCCACAGUUCAAAGGCAGUGUGCUUGUGAGAGAAGUUUGUUUGCCAUGGGGAAGGAGCUAGUCCAUCCCACCAUUAGAAGGUGAUGAUACUUACACCAGCAUUGGAUAUGUGCCUGUUUCUUUGCAUUUGCUGUGCAUUGAUCAGUAAAUCCACAUAUCCAAAGUCCACUAGGUUGCUGGCAAGCUUUCUGCCUGAUUUUUUUUUUUUUGUUUGUUUCAAGAAAGUCUAGGUUGUCAUCAGCUUCCUGUAAAAUAGCAAUACGCAAUAAUGUACACAAUAAUAGAAACAACAGCUUUUCUCAGAAAUAAUUUAAAAACUGAACUGGUUGCUUUCUCUCAUUUCCACCCCCAAAAAUAGGGACUAGCACUUCAAAGAGUACAGCUUCUGUGUUCAUUACUGAUCUGUACACACUAAGCAAAGUGGUGUGGUUUGGUUUUUCAUUUCCUGAUCUUUGGGAUACAGUUAGCAUGUCACAUUGCAUAUUCUGCAGAAUGAAAGAACCUUAUUGUGGCAUCACAGUAAGUGAGGAAGUUUUUCUUUAACUGAUUUAUCUCCAGCAAUAAAUUAUUAACAAAGCCAUUUUUCAAAAUGUGAAUCCUCUUGCUCUAUCUAGCAGAUAUACUUAUUGUGGAGCCUCUAGCAAGACUAGAAUUACCACUGGAGGGUUUUCAACAACAACAACAAAAAUGAAUUUCAGGGUAACUUUCUAUCAGCUGGUUUCUAUUCUGCAAGAAGACUUUCACAACUCUGGAGAAGGGAAGGCUUGAAAGCCUUAGUUUUGGAAUGGUAUUGGGGAAAGGAGUGGGAACGAGUACCGUUUAUUUUUUGUCUUUAACUGUUACUAUUAAGACUUUAACAUACAGUGCUAGCUGUCUAAUCCCAUUGCUUUUAAGGAAAUGGACUGAAUGCUGAUAACUUGAACAAAGAAAGUUUUAAAGGUUAUUACGUAAGUGUUCUGCCUGUGGCUGCAUCACAGUUCAUCAUUUUAUUCAUGUUCAAAGCUCAGGUCUUUAUUCAGUGAAUCUAUUGUAAUUUGUGCAGAUACUCAUAAGAUUUCUGCAGAGUCCAGUCUGUAGAGACACCGCAGUAUAACAGAGGCAAAUAAAAGUAGUUGUUCUUCACAAGGUAAUUAAAGAUGUUUUAUUACAAACCCUA